CACGCCGGCACGGGCCGGUGGCGGGAAGGGGCCUUAGUGGUAAUGGAGGUAGAGGAGAAUGGAACUGCCCCGGGCCCGGCCGCGGGCUCGGCUCCCGGCAAGGCCCCCGGGACUCACUACGAGCUUCCCUGGGUUGAAAAAUACAGGCCAAUGAAACUGAAUGAAAUCGUGGGGAAUGAAGACACUGUGAGCCGCCUGGAGGUUUUUUCAAGGGAAGGCAAUGUGCCCAAUAUUAUAAUUUCUGGUCCCCCAGGAACUGGUAAAACGACCAGCAUUCUGUGCUUGGCGAGGGCCUUGCUGGGCCCCUCCCUGAAGGACGCCGUUCUGGAGCUGAAUGCCUCCAACGACAGGGGCAUCGACGUGGUGAGGAAUAAGAUCAAGCUGUUUGCCCAGCAGAAGGUCACCCUCCCCAGAGGCCGUCACAAAAUCAUUAUCCUCGACGAGGCAGACAGCAUGACUGAUGGAGCACAGCAAGCCCUGAGGAGGACGAUGGAGAUAUAUUCCAAGACGACCCGCUUUGCCCUCGCGUGUAACGCCUCGGACAAAAUCAUAGAGCCCAUUCAGUCCCGAUGCGCUGUCCUUCGGUACACGAAGCUGACUGAUGCCCAGGUGCUGGCGAGGUUGAUGACCGUCAUUGAGAAGGAGAGAGUGGAGUACACCGAUGACGGGCUGGAGGCCAUCAUCUUCACAGCCCAGGGAGACAUGCGGCAGGCGCUGAACAACUUACAAUCCACCUAUUCUGGCUUUGGCUUCAUUAACAGUGAGAACGUAUUCAAGGUUUGUGACGAGCCCCACCCCCUCCUGGUGAAGGAGAUGCUGCAGCAUUGCGUGAGCGCCAACAUCGAUGAGGCCUACAAGAUCCUCGCCCACCUUUGGCGUCUCGGCUACUCCCCUGAAGACGUCAUCGGCAACGUUUUCCGUGUGUGUAAAACCUUCCAGAUGCCCGAGUAUCUGAAGCUGGAGUUUAUCAAGGAGAUUGGAUACACGCAUAUGAAAAUAGCGGAUGGUGUGAACUCCCUGCUGCAGAUGGCGGGCCUCCUCGCCAAGCUCUGCCACAAGACCCUGGCGCCUGCAGUCAGCUAGAGAGCGAGUCUGGGAAUCCGCGCUUGGCAGGCACUGCCUCAGCUUAGGCAGCCUCCGUGGGUCUGGGACCACGUCCUCCCUGGCUCUGAUCGGGAAAAAUGGGCUUAAGAUUUUCACUUCAUGGUGGGAUCUAGGUCUCCCCUUGCUGUUAGAAUUUUGGCCACAUAGUUCAGGAGACAAGUAUACAAUGUUUGCCCCGAAGGGAUGUUGACCUUGAACUUGACCAGCGCUGAUGAAAACCAGCAGCACGGCUUCCCCCCAUUUGUGUUGGAAUGUUGAAAAUAAAAUAUCAGAAUUUGGA